AAUGGGGAGCGAGGAAUGAUUUAAUUUCUUCAUCGAUUUUAUACUGAGUUGUCCAAUUCUUUAAUCACAAUCACAAGCAAGAGCUGAUAGCUGUGUCUGAUCGGAAGGUACGACAUGCGAAUGCAGAUAAAGAACAAAAAAAACGGACAAAAUGCAGGCAGGUCUGAGCAGGUCGCGACUUCAGGUCAGCCGAUUAUAACAAAAUCACACUGUUACCGGUAUAAAAGCCGGCAACAAUCCAGCUGUCAGCUAUCCAUUCUCCUCUGCUGACUUGCAAAGGUAGCCGAGAUUUGCGUGGAGACAUCGAAGGCUGAACGCGAUGCUGAAGGAGCUCUUGUUGUUAGCGCUGGCGGCGCUAUGCAUGUCGGAAGGGUUGCACGUCACCAGUAAGACCGCCGACAUGGACUUCCUUCACAAACAGAAGAAGAUCUAUGAGCUGAUGUUCUUCAUCAAGCAAAACACCCUCACCGAUAUGGAGUUCUACGAGAUUGGCCGUAAUUACAACAUAGAGAGCAACAUCGACAUGUACAACGAUAAGUUGAUCGUCCAGGAAUUCCUGUACCUGUACAAAAACGGCAUGCUUAGUCGUAAUGCCAUCUACUCGCCGUAUUACGAGGAACACCGCGAGGAGAUGAAGAUUCUCUUUAAGCUUUUCUACAGCGCCAAGGACUUCCAAACUUUCUACAAGACCGCGUCUUGGGCGCGUCUCCACCUCAACGACGGCGUCUUCACGUCCGCCUUCACCAUCGCUGUCUUCUAUCGUCCCGACUGUAAGUACAUGAAACUGCCGGCCCCCUACGAGAUCUAUCCCAAUCUGUACUUCGACAACGACGUAAUCCAGCAGGCCCACGAUAUCAAGAUGAUGCGCGGAAUCAUGUCCACCAAUAUGGAUAAUGUCGACAACUACAUAAUCUACGCCAACUACUCUGGAAGCUUGGUCAAGCCCUAUCUCGAUGACGAGUACAAAUUGGACUAUUUUAUGGAGGAUGUUGGGUUGAAUGCCUAUUACUACUAUGUCCGCCAAGUGAUGCCGUUCUGGCUCGACAUGAAGGAUUUCGAGAUCCCGGCAUAUUUCCGCGGCUAUUUCUAUUAUUUCAAACAGAAGCAAUUACUGAGUCGCUAUUAUUUGGAACGCAUCUCCAACGAUCUGGGCGAUAUCGAGGACUUUGACUGGAACAAGCCCUUCUACCCGGGCUACUAUUCAACCCUGAUGUACAACAACGGAAUGAUCAUGCCACAACGCUCUCGUUACACAAACGUGCCGUUUUAUAAAUACAAAUAUUUAAAGGAUAUUGAGGCUCUGGAGAUGCGUAUUAUGAACGCCAUCGAUUUCGGCUAUGCGUACGACAAGGACGGUAAGCAAGUCAACAUCUAUACUCCCGAAGGCUUGAGCAUCCUCGCGAAUUUGAUUGAAGGCAAUGUAGACUCGUGCAACCGACGCUUCUAUGGAAUGUACGGCUUCGGUUUCAACGUUGACUACAAAGACAAGAACAAAGUAAUUCCAAGCGCUCUUCAAUGUUACAACACCAACUUGAGAGAUCCUGGCUUCUAUCGUCUGAUCAAGAGGAUAAUGACGUACUUCUUCAGAUACAAGAAAAAUAUACCACACUAUACCCAGAACGAGUUGAUCUUCCCUGGCGUCAAGUUUGAAUCCGUCAAUAUCGAUAAGCUGACAACCUACUUCGACAACUGCGACACGUUCAUCAACAAUGCUCUCUCUGUGGAGAGCUUCAAAGAGGGAAUGAAGUUACGCGUGAAGACUCGCCGUUACUGCCUCAACUACAAGCCGUUCACCUACCGCUUCAAUAUCAACAGCGACAAGGACACCAAAGCCAUACUCAAGAUCUUCCUCGGGCCCGCUCUCGACGACGUUCACAAGGAGAUGGAUCUAUCGUAUCUCCGAGAGUACUACAAAUAUUUCUUCGAGAUGGAUAACUUUGUCGUAACGCUGAGACAAGGCAUGAACACUGUCGAACGCCGCAGCUCAGACUCAAUCUAUACCAUGUCCGACAUGAUGUCCAGCGACACGUUCUAUAAGAAGUUGGAGAAGGCUGUGGGUGGCGGUGAACCAUUCGUCUACUACGAGAAACUUUUCAAUCUGCCCGAGCGUCUAACUCUGCCCAAGGGCAAACCUGAGGGCAUGCGAUUCAAAAUGUUCUUCUACCUAAGCGUGUGCGAUGACACCAAGCUCAUGAACAUAGAGCUGCCGAUCUUCGGUAAACUGAUGCUGGAUGGAAAAUCGCUCGGCUUCCCGCUCGACAGACCAAUGUACCCAUGGAAGUUCUUCACGCCGAACAUGUUAAUAAAAGACGUGUACAUCUACCAUACGACGGAAAACGAGAAAACGAUGAGCUUUUAAGUUAUCGAAUUAAAUUACAUGAACUUUCCGAAGAAGAUUUUAGCGUCAUUAUUACAGUUACCGUUUGGAACUACAUAUGUAUCAUUCGAAUGUGGUAAAUCAAAAUAUUUCUUUCAAUAAAGAACACUGAGAAACUAUAUGUUCCGUGAGAAAAAAUAUUCACGCUUAUGCAAAUCCGUCUCUUCUCUUCUUGUACUUUAAAUGAAAUAAUUAAAAAUCAUUAAAUAAUACGCGCGUUUCAUAAAUAUCUCCUCUUUCAAUUCGCAAAGCUUUUGGCGUUUUGCGACAUCGAAAUUAAAUUCUUUCCUACUUAAAUUUUUUAUGUUUCAAUUUUUUUUAUGGUCUGCGUAUAAAAAUUUAAUUAUUAAUUUUAUCAUCAAUUUUAAUUAUAA